UUUUUUUCUACUUUUUCCAUUGUUGAAGUUUAAUCGAAUUAGAAAACAAUUGAGCGGGAGGGGCGCCAGUGCUUGUUUAAACCUUGAAUAUUGUCAAUCAGCCGUCUUUCUCGAAUGCACAUUGUCGUUUGAGUCUGUCCGAAACCUAGUCAGAAACCGAGCUAAACCGAUUUAAAUACAUAUUUAAGCUUUCUUCGACUUGAGCCUGAAAACCACCAACAACCAACCCAUCCACACUCCACCCUCCUCUACUCCCCUCGAUUCACUCGCCCUUCAACCUCGACUUCUCUCUACCAAGCAUACACCUUUCACCAGUCAUCCAGAUGGGAAACGUCCUGUCCUCUUGCUGCAGCUGUGGUCGUAACAGUCGUGGAUCUGGAUACGAGCCACUCCUACUCGAACCCGAAAGAGAUGCGGUGGCCAGCUUACUUCAAUUCCUCGAACGACGGACGGACACCAACUUCUUCACCGGUGAACCACUGAAAUCACUAUCCACCUUAUCCUUCUCAGACAAUGUAGACCUCCAACGCUCAGCCGCAUUAGCCUUUGCCGAGAUCACCGAAAAGGACGUUCGCGAAGUCGGAAGAGAUACCUUGGAGCCCAUCAUGUUUUUACUCCAGUCACACGAUACUGAAGUUCAACGCGCCGCUAGCGCCGCUUUGGGUAAUCUAGCCGUCAAUACUGAGAAUAAGCUGUUGAUUGUCAGACUGGGUGGGCUUGAGCCCCUGAUCCGUCAGAUGCUAAGUCCCAACGUUGAAGUCCAAUGCAAUGCUGUUGGCUGUAUAACCAACCUAGCCACUCAUGAUGAUAAUAAGGCCAAGAUCGCAAAAUCAGGUGCCCUAGUGCCUCUGACUCGCUUGGCGCGUUCGAAAGAUACUCGAGUCCAGCGUAACGCUACAGGUGCUUUGUUAAACAUGACCCAUUCCGACGAGAACCGUCAGCAACUCGUCAACGCUGGCUCGAUCCCGGUUUUAGUCUCACUCUUGUCCUCCUCGGACACCGACGUCCAAUACUACUGUACCACCGCAUUGAGUAACAUCGCCGUAGACACCGCCAACCGCAAACGUCUCGCACAGGGCGAACCUCGAUUAGUGAACAGUCUCAUUGGCUUGAUGGAUAGUCCGAGUCUGAAGGUCCAAUGUCAGGCAGCCCUUGCAUUGCGUAACCUGGCAUCUGAUGAAAAAUAUCAAAUCGAAAUCGUUAAGUGCGGUGGAUUGCCUCCACUCCUCCGGCUCCUUCGGUCCUCGUUCCUACCUCUCAUCCUGUCAGCGGCCGCAUGUGUACGCAAUGUGUCGAUCACCCCACAGAACGAGUCACCGAUAAUCGAGGCAAACUUCUUGAACCCAUUGAUUGAGCUUCUAGCUUACGAUGAGAACGAGGAGAUCCAAUGUCACGCCAUCUCAACCCUCCGCAAUCUGGCCGCCUCCUCAGAGAAGAACAAGGCUGCAAUCGUCGAAGCCGGUGCUAUCGAACGGAUCAAAGAACUCGUCUUGAGUGUCCCCUUGAGCGUCCAAAGUGAAAUGACUGCUUGCGCUGCUGUACUCGGACUCAGUGAAGAUAUUAAAGGACAUCUCUUGGAUCUAGGCAUCUUGGAGGUCUUGAUUCCUUUGACAAAUAGUGUCAGUGUUGAGGUCCAAGGAAACAGUGCUGCAGCAAUUGGCAACCUUUCUUCAAAAGCUGAGGACUAUUCAGCGUUCAAUUCAGUUUGGGACAAACCAGAAGGAGGACUAGAGGGAUACUUGGUACGAUUUCUAGAAUCCAGCGACCCGACGUUCCAACACAUUGCAGUCUGGACCUGUGUCCAACUACUAGAUUCGGGGGAACAUUUCUUAGAGAACCAUAUCCGAUCCUCGAAGUUCAUCUUACCCUUAGUCACUCAACUAGCCUUAUCAAACGACGGUGGUGUCAGCGGCUCAGCGGGCGCCUCUUCGGCCGGUAACGCUCAUCCUGAUGGCGAGGCCGGAAGUGCUUCUGAAGCGGAAGAUUCCGGCGAAGUCGAGAUUGCUACCCUGGCUAAGAAAGUCGUCGAGAUGUUGGGCUUGGAAAUCAAUUAAGAUCUUCCUCCCCCUCAUAACACCCUCUCUCACUCACUUUGUUCAUUUGCUUCAACCUUCUAGCAACCUUUAAUUCACAACAAAGUACCUCACCCACCCUUCUCACCUUUUUCUAACCACAAAAUUUGGACAGAAGAAAAGAAAAAUCAUCACAAUUCAUUUGUUCAAUCAAUCAGCCUGUGGGGUGGUUCAGGUUGGAUGUCUUGUGGGGAAUAAAUCACUACUUGGCCCAAUUGAAAUGAUUCCUUUUCUCAUUUCUCCUCCCCCCUUUUCAUUUACCUUUUUUUGUUUUUGGUUUUCAGUUUUGGUUUAGUUAAAACAAAUGAAAGAACAACAAAAAAAGGGCAAAUGUGUGUUAUUACUCUCUUACCUAUCACAUCUACAUCCAUUCAUCCAUGUUUUCUCCUCCCUACAACUCCAUCUCUCUCUCUCUCUCUCUAAAAACCCUUAUAAAAUUUAAUUUAAUUGACUCCUCCCCUCCCAUUCUACAAAUUUCUCCACAAUCCUAAACCCCCCCCAAAAAAAACUCACAUUCAUCUUUGACUCAAAUCAGCUUAUUUAUCUUUCUCUUUUCAUCCUUACCGUGUGUUUUAUGUUUGGUUUUUUUCAUUUAGUUUAGUAUAGCUUAGUCAAACUCAUUUUUUUUUCUGCUGACUUCACUCUUCCCCCUCCUGAUCUCUUCCUUCCUCUCUAUUUUCUUCUACUUGGUAUGUAAAUGUCUGCUCCUUUUUUUGCUGCUACUUAAAAAUGACUGGUUGAUGUCUCUUUCUUUCUUUCUUUCUCUCUCUCUCUCUCACCCUCUGCUUCCAUCUAUCAUUAUAGUCUUUUCUCUUGUUUUUCUUUUGUUGUUGUUGUUUUGGCUUCUUCUUUUUGUUCUUAUUCAUUCAUCCAUCCAUCAACAAAUUGAUUUUUUUUUAAAGUGAAAAAAGGGUCUGUCUUUUUGCACACCACAGAAUUCUCCUGUGCACUC